AUGUCAAAGCACUCAAACAUACCCGAAGAGGUUGAUGUGGUAAUCGCAGGCGGAGGAACAACCGGUGUACUGGUUGCUACACGCCUAGCAAAAGCAGACCCGAACCUGUCUAUACUUGUCCUUGAACAUGGACCGAAUACAAGAGACAACCCCCUGGUCGUGAAUCCAGCAUUCUAUCUGAUGAACAUUGCCCCUAACUCACCACGAGCUUCGUUUUAUAAAUCCAAGCCAUCAAAAGAGCUCGCUGGGAGAGAGUCUAUUGUUCCGACGGGAAGGUGUCUAGGUGGUGGAAGCUCCAUAAAUUUCAUGGUCUAUUCAAGACCGCAAGCAAUUGAUUUCGAUGCAUGGAAUGUACCGGGAUGGACUGGCAAGGACAUGAUACCUAUGUUCAAAAAGUACGAAAACUUCCAAGACACAGACCCGGCCAUUGAUUCCAGUGUUCACGGCUACGAUGGCGAAUUUAGUGUAUCUGCAGGAACCAAUGCUCAGCCGGCAUUUCAGGAAGACUUCUUCAAAGCUUGCUCGAAUGUUGGGAUUAAUACGACGGCAGACGUUCAAAGUUUUCGUACAGCAAAUGCAGUUGGCAAAUUCAACAUGUGGAUAGAUCAAAAGACUGGUCUCAGACAAGACGUUGCUCACUGUCUCUUGUUUCCAUUACUUGACGAGGGUAACACCAAACUUCAGGUCGCGACAGAUGUCAGCGUCAAUAGAAUCAGGUUCGACGACAACAACAGAGCCAACGGUGUAGAGUACACGGUAAGUGGAAGUACCCCAACAAUGGUCAAAGCACGCAAACUCGUUGUACUUGCCAGCGGUGCUUUGGGCUCUCCACAAGUUCUUGAAAGGUCCGGCGUUGGCGACAAGAACCUGUUAUCAAAAUUGAACAUUCCAGUCAUAUCUGAUCUACCCGGCGUUGGCAGCAAUUACCAAGACCACAAUGUCGUCUUCUAUCCUUACAAUUCCUCUGCCGGAGCGGAAGAAACGAUUGAUGGGGUAGUGAGUGGUCGACUAACACUGGAGGAAGCCCUGAAACAGAAGCAGGCAAACCCAGCACGCAAUGUCAUAGGUUGGAAUGGGUUGGAUUGUGUAGGAAAACUCCGUCCCACAGAAGUUGCAUCCCUUCAUCCUACGCUGCAAAAGGCCUGGGAGGAAGAUUUMAAGCCACAGCCGGAGAAACCAUUGAUGUUGAUUGCAACUAUAGCCGGAUUUGUCGGUGAUCACUCCGCUGUUGAUGUAGGACAAUACUUCUCAUGUGGUCCAUAUACGCCUUACCCAUACUCACGAGGGUCGAUUCAUAUCACGGGGAAGUCAAUGACUGACGAGCCUGAUUUUGACUGCGGAUUUCUGUCGGAUCCAGUGGAUCUGGAGAAGCUGGUUUGGGGCUACAAGUUGCAAAGGGAGAUUGCUCGCCGAAUGACUCAUUACCGUGGUCCACUUGCGGAUGGUCACCCAACUUUCCCAGCUGGAUCAAAGGCAAAAUAUGAUGUUGUGGAUAGAUUAUCGAAAGUGCAAGGAGAGCUGGUUCCUAUUGAGUACUCCGCGGAAGAGGACGAAGCUAUCAGGAAUUUUAUCCGAGAGAGAGUCCACACCACAUGGCAUAGCAUGGGCACAUGCGCAAUGAAGCCCCGAGAAAAUGGAGGAGUCGUGGAUCGUGAUCUGAAUGUUUACGGUGUCGAGGGUCUCAAGAUCGUUGACUUGUCGAUCUGCCCACUGAAUGUUUCUGCAAACACGUAUGCCACCGCUCUCGCCGUUGGCGAAAAGGCGGCUUCUAUCAUUGCCAAGGACCUUGGUAUUUCAUAUUCCGUGUGA